UUUCAUUUACUUUCUAGAAAUUUUCUUCCCUUUAUAACCAAAGUUCUUACAUUUUUCUCUGGUAAUUCAGCUUCCACUGAUCCUGAAGAUACCGCGGCAUUCUGCACCAUUGCCAGAUCUGAGGAUCAUCUUUGCACCGGAAUUUUGGAUUCCGAGUUUUCUGUUUGAAUUCUCCGGCGUUAUUCGUGGAUCCAGCUGCUUCUUCGAACCGACGUGAACUGGCAUGGAUAUGAGAUUUUAAAGGUUCUUGAAAUAGACUGCUCAGAGACAUAGAUUUCAUUGUGUGGUCAGGAUAUAUUGUUAUUUGCAAUAGUUAGAUUUACAUCUGUUGGGACAAUGGCAUUACAUUUUGCUUCUAUUGUGUCGAAACUGCAAUUAUCUACUUCUGACCAUGCCUCUGUGGUCUCUCUGAAUAUAUUUGUGGCCCUUCUUUGUGCUUGUAUUGUAAUUGGUCAUCUUCUGGAGGAGAACCGAUGGAUGAAUGAGUCAAUCACUGCCCUUCUCAUUGGUCUUUGUACUGGUGUUGUUAUUUUGCUGGUCAGUGGGGGUAAAAGUUCGCAUCUUUUAGUCUUCAGUGAAGACCUUUUCUUUAUAUAUCUUCUACCACCAAUCAUUUUUAAUGCUGGGUUUCAGGUGAAGAAAAAGCAAUUUUUCCGUAACUUUAUCACCAUCAUGCUGUUUGGUGCAGUCGGCACAUUAAUAUCUUGUACCAUCAUAUCAGUUGGGGUAAUUCAAUUCUUCAAGGAAAUGGAUAUUGGCUCAUUGGAUAUUGGAGAUUUUCUAGCAAUUGGUGCAAUAUUUGCUGCAACAGAUUCUGUCUGCACUCUACAGGUGCUUAGUCAGGAUGAGACACCACUACUUUACAGUCUGGUUUUCGGAGAGGGUGUUGUAAAUGAUGCAACCUCAGUGGUGCUUUUUAAUGCAAUUCAGAGCUUUGACCUCACUCAUAUCAAUCACAGAAUUGCUUUGCAGUUUAUUGGCAACUUCUUCUAUUUAUUUUUCACUAGCACUGUGCUAGGAGUGGCUGCCGGGCUGCUAAGUGCAUACAUUAUUAAAACAUUGUACUUGGCCAGGCAUUCAACAGACCGUGAGGUUGCUCUUAUGAUUCUCAUGGCAUACCUUUCAUAUAUCAUGGCUGAACUGUUCUAUUUGAGUGGGAUUCUCACAGUAUUUUUUUGUGGGAUUGUGAUGUCCCAUUACACUUGGCACAAUGUGACUGAGAGUUCAAGAGUAACUGCCAAGCAUGCUUUUGCAACUUUGUCAUUUGUUGCGGAGACUUUUAUCUUUCUUUAUGUUGGUAUGGAUGCUUUGGAUAUUGAGAAAUGGAGAUUUGUAAGUGACAGUCCUGGAACAUCUGUUGCUGUAAGUGGGGUACUGCUUGCUCUGGUUAUGGUUGGAAGGGCAGCAUUUGUCUUUCCCCUAUCGCUUUUAUCGAACUUAGCUAAGAAAUCUCCUAAUGAUAGAAUUAGCUUUAGGCAACAAAUAAUAAUCUGGUGGGCUGGUCUUAUGAGAGGUGCUGUGUCUAUGGCACUUGCAUACAAUCAGUUUACAAGGUCUGGGCAUACCCAAUUGCGAGAGAAUGCAAUUUUGAUUACAAGCACAAUAACAGUUGUUCUUUUCAGCACUGUGGUGUUUGGUUUAAUGACUAAGCCUCUAAUCAGGUUCUUGUUGCCUAAUCCAAAGCAAACAAGAAGCAUGAUGUCAGAUGCAUCGAGUCCUAAAUCAAUUACCGUACCAUUUCUUGGGAGUGGACAAGAUUCUUUCGGUGAUGAUAUCAGUGGAAAUGAUGUCCAGCGACCGAGCUCCAUACGUGAACUUCUCAGAACCCCAACACGCAAUGUUCAUCACUAUUGGCGUAAAUUCGAUGAUGCUUUCAUGCGUCCUGUGUUUGGUGGCAGGGGAUUUGUUCCUUUUGUCCCUGGCUCACCAACUGAAAGGAGCGGACAUCAUAACCCAUGGCAAUGAGAAUACAUUUCACGUAGAGAACCAACCAUGCACCGUUUCUUUGAAUCCUGUCAAUGGAACCUUUGAAGAAUGGGUAGCCUGGGCUGUCGCAAGCGCUGCUGUAUCAUAUUCUGUAACUAUCUUUGCUAGGUAUCAUAUACAACUGAUGCCUUAAAGACGUCUACUGUUUAGUCUAUGCUAUUUGCAUUUCUCUUGUUCACUUAAUUUUUGAAUGUUUGUAUGAUUUACGGUUGGCCUAGCUAGCCAUAAUUAUAAUUUUAUAAUUUUGCACCUUUUUUGGUUAAAUGAUUGAAAAUUAAAUUGAAGAAUUUUUG